ACAUAUCGACUACAUACACUUUCGUACGCUUCCCUCUUUUCGCUAUCACCGAGUCGUCGCCGUCUCUCUUUCUGAAAUCACAAAUGGCUGGUCGUGGAAAAACUCUCGGAUCUGGAGUCGCGAAGAAGGCCACGUCUCGUAGCAGCAAAGCCGGUCUCCAGUUCCCCGUGGGUCGUAUCGCCCGGUUCUUGAAAAACGGCAAAUACGCCGAACGUGUCGGUGCCGGAGCUCCGGUCUACCUAGCCGCCGUUCUCGAAUACCUAGCCGCAGAGGUUCUCGAAUUGGCUGGGAACGCGGCGAGAGACAACAAGAAGACCAGAAUCGUGCCACGUCAUAUCCAGUUGGCGGUUAGGAACGACGAGGAGCUGAGCAAGUUGCUUGGAGAUGUGACGAUUGCUAACGGAGGUGUGAUGCCAAACAUUCACAACCUUCUUCUUCCCAAGAAGGCUGGUGGUGCUUCCAAACCUUCCGGUGAUGACGAGUAGAUUCAGUUUCUCUGUGUUUGUGGUGUUUUCAGCUUAUGAAUGUGUAGCCGUAGGUUUAGGUUAGGUCUUUUAAUGUUUCGUUAGACUACGGUGCAGAGUCCUUUCGUGUUAUAUGAAACCAUGUGUUCUUAAUAUAAGUGUUAUGAUUUGAUUCUCGA